AUGAACUUAGCACUCCAGGAUCCCUUUGCUGUAGCCAAGGAGUAUCCCGAUACGUUGGCGAACACUCUUCACUACGGUCAUUCGGUAGUGAUCCAGUUCAAUCAGAAAGGCGACUAUCUAGCUUCUGGACUCAGCGAUGGAUCCAUUCUCGUCUAUGACUUGACCAGCAACGGUGGGGUAGUGGCUCAUCUCCAUGAAAACUCGCACAUCCGGCCAGUGACUUCCAUCAGUUGGUCUAGAUGCGGGCGUUAUAUACUAUCGUCGUCACAGGACUGGUCCUGUAAGCUAUGGGAUUUGAGCAAAGUUAAUAGAGACGAAGUUGAUGUGGAGUUGGACGAUAUGCUGGCCGUGAUUCGAACGGUUAAAUUUGAUGGUCCUAUUUGGCUGGCAUCGAUGCAUCCCGAAGAUCCAUUCAAUGAAGAAGACAUGGCAUCAACAGCAGCAGUAUCAGAAGACGAACCACGUAAGAAGAAGAAAGCAGAAAAGCACGUUACUUUGGUGACAACAUUCACACCCAACGAUGGCAGUUACAUCUUUACAGGAACGAGCAAAGGCUGGCUCAACGUUCAUAGUACGCAGACAUUGCAAUUGGUUCACUCCGUUAAGAUGGCCAAUGCCAACAUAAAGAACUUGGUCAUAUCUCCCAAUGGCCGUAAACUAGCCAUCAACUCAUCCGACAGAAUAGUGCGACAGAUUAGUUUGCCGGACUUGAUAAACGUCGCCAACCCUGACGAAUGGGACUUUGAAAUCGACCACAAGUACCAGGAUGUUGUCAACAGAUUGCAAUGGAAUUCUGUAGCAUUCAACCACAAUGCCGAGUUCUUGGUAGCUUCGUCGUAUGGUCAAUCUUCGCAUGACUUGUAUAUCUGGGAGACAUCCCUUGGUUCUCUUAUCAAAAUUCUUGAGGGAAGCAACGAAGAGUUGAUUGACGUCAAGUGGAACUACUCGCGUUGCACUAUUGGUUCUACGGGUCUCGACAGCGGCAUGAUCUACUUGUGGCUGGUUCAGUUUCCGCAGAAAUGGAGUGCGUUGGCACCCGAUUUCGUAGAAAUCGAAGAGAACAUAGAGUAUGACGAGAAAGAGGAUGAGUUCGAUAUCAUUGACGAAGUGGCUCUCAAUAAGAAACGGUUGGAAGAAGAAGAUAUGGUGGUGGAUGUGAUUACACGCGAGAAUGUCGAUGCCCGUGGGUUCGACACAAUGCAGCAGUCGUUUGUUAUUCCUAUUAACUAUGAGAAAACGGUAUUAGGAUAAUACAAUACUACAACAGAUGUAACCUACAUAACUCAGGUGUUGGCUGGGCUUUUAAUGGAUUUGAGAUUGAACUGAGAUAUCCAACUCCUCCAAAAUAUAGCAUAGAAGAGAGUAAUUUACGGUAUUUGCACCUCUGACUUCUAGAAGCAUACAUAGAAUAAUAAUUGCACGCAACUGCCCCUAUGUG